UUCUGGUUUGGUUUGAUAACAUUAUGUUUUUUACAUUAAACAGAGCACUUACUCUAUCCAUACUUUUGCAGUUAUGUCGUAAAAGAGCUCUCCAAAUCAUUUGGAUUUGUUUAUGAUUUAUCAUAUAUAAUUCAUAAAAGGUUUACUUUAUCUAAAAAAAUAGACAAGGCCAGAUCUCAGACUCGCACAUGAAAAUAUCUUUGUCUCUGACAGUGAAAUCAGAGAAGGGUCAUGGGAUGUGGCUUUGGAAAAUCAGAACCACAGCUGACGAAGUGUGACAGAGUGAGCAUCUCAGUCCCAGCUGCCACUGCAAUCCGAGCGGCUCUGUUGAUCCAGCGCUGGUACCGUCAGUAUGUGGCCCGGCUGGAGAUGAGACGCAGGUGCACGUGGAACAUCUUCCAGUCUAUUGAAUAUGCAGGAGAGCAAGACCAGAUUAAGCUCUACAAUUUUUUUGGCUUCCUGAUGGACCACUUCACCCCAGCCAGUAGUGAAAGAAACCUGAUAUCUCACAUCUUUCGCGAGAAUGAAAUCUGUCGUGACACAGAGUGGGAGAGAUAUUUUUGCUACAAGAGUGUCGAGGUACCUGACAGCUACACUGGCCCCCAUCUGACCUUCCCCAUGACCUUCUGUGGGGUAUCGAAGCUGGUGGAGGCCUUCAAGCACAAACAACAGCUCCAUGCUCGAUAUGUUCUGCAGCUUCUUGGAGAGACUUGGAGACUUCUAAGAAUUCUCACAAAUAUCAAUCACGUUUCCACCUGCCCUAUGAAGGAGAUUACUAUAUGUGGAGACUUACAUGGGCACCUUGAAGACCUGCUGUUGAUAUUCUAUAAGGUAUUCACAGUAUGUACAUCAGCAUAUUGUCCAUCAGUGAUACUGUAUUUGGGUUAAUUAAUACCUUGAACUGAAUCUGCCCAGAAUGGUUUACCAUCUUCUGAGAAACCGUACGUCUUCAAUGGAGACUUUGUGGAUCGUGGCAAAAACUCCUUAGAGAUCCUGCUUAUCCUGUUUGGGUUCCUGCUGGUCUAUCCCAAUGAUGUCCAUCUGAACAGGGGAAACCAUGAGGACCACAUUGUUAACCUGAGAUAUGGUUUCACUAAAGAAGUUCUGGGAAAAUACAGGGUGCACGGCAAGAAAAUCCUAAAGCUCCUGCAGAAGAUCUUCAGCUGGCUGCCUCUGGCCACAAUGAUAGAUCACAAGGUGCUGAUUGUGCAUGGCGGCAUCUCUGACACGACAGACCUCGACACAAUAGCCAAAGUGGACAGACACAAAUACGUGUCGGCUCUCAGGCCUCCUAAGCCGACCCAUCAUGCAGUCAAUGGCAGCAAGACUGUGAAUAACAACAACACUGAGGAUGACGGACUUGUGGGGGGCAGGCGUCGAGUGUAUUCUCUGACUCACCAUGGCUCGGCGCGGGCUCAAAGGCACGAUCCACCACGCCGCUCGCUGCACAACCUGCCCAUGAGCAGUCAGCUCAACUUGUCAGUGGAAGAGGAGCUAAAGAGGAGGCGAAGGCUUGUUGGGUUCGACCAGUCCUAUCGGGAGGUGCAGAAGUCUGACCCUGACUCAGACCCAGAGUCUGGAGAAACAGUGGAGACAAAUGAGGAUGAGUGGAAACAGAUAGUGGAUAUGUUAUGGAGUGAUCCCAUGCCCCAAAAUGGCUGUGUUCCCAAUGAGGUGCGAGGUGGAGGCUGCUACUGGGGCCCAGAUGUCACUGAGGAAGUGCUGGGAAGACACAACCUGCAGCUCCUCAUCCGCUCCCAUGAGUGCAAACAGGACGGCUAUGAGUUCUGCCACAACCGCAGGGUGCUGACUAUAUUUUCAGCAUCUAACUACUACGAGGUGGGCAGCAACAGAGGAGCCUACAUCAGAAUGGGGCCUGAUCUGGUCCCACACUUCAUUCAGUAUCAGGCCAGCCGGACGAGCAGAGAGCUCACCCUGAGACAAAGUGUUGGGUGGACAGAGAGAUCAGCUCUGCGAGCUCUGAGAGAACAGCUGUUUGUACAUAAGUCAGAUCUCAUCAGUGCCUUCCAGGAGUUUGAUCCUAACAACACAGGGCUCAUCAGUCUAAGGGACUGGGCCAGUGCCACAGAGAAUGUACUGAAGCUGGGUCUGCCCUGGAGGGUGCUACGCUCUCAGCUUGUCAACAACACCCAGUAUGGCAUGGUGAACUACCAGCAGUGGAUAAGGGAGCUCUCCAUCACUGAGCCAAAACUAGAGAUAUCUGAUACCAGCAUCCUGGAGACUAUGUACAAAAACCACUCCAACCUGGAAACCAUCUUCCGAAUCAUAGACACAGAUCACUCUGGUUUGAUCUCUUUCGAGGAGUUUCGUCAGACCUGGAAGCUCCUGUGCUCUCAUCUUAAGAUGGAGAUCAGUGAUGAGGCCAUCACAAACCUGGCCCAGAGCAUUGACUUCAACAAGGACGGGAGCAUCGACAUCAACGAGUUCAUGGAGGCAUUCCGGCUGGUAGACCUCUCUGCGCAUACCUGAGAGCCCGGACCAGGAGCUGUAGCUGCUGUAUCUGUCGCAUAGAGAACACCAAGAACUAUCUUUCACCUCCUUACACAUCUCUGGAAAUUUGAAUGACAGUAGUAUCUCGUCCACAGAUCCUGGGAGGGCUGACUGUGCACCACUGUUCAUGCAGGUGCAAACUAGAUCUAUUCUACCUCUUAGAUUUAGAUCUGUUUUUUUACCUCAUAAGUUUUUCAUUUCAUUGUAAAGUAUAUUUUUAAGAUUGUAACUUCUUUAGUCAUGUAUUUAAGCAUCAAACAUGUGAUAUCUUUGCCUUUCAUGCUGAGUGAGAUCUUGACGAUGUCUGACACAUCAGGUCUUGAAGAGUGAAACCGAAUAUGUGACAAAGUUAUAUAAAGUCUUUGAGAAAUGUGAGGUUUGUCAGGUUGUAUUCUGGGUGAUGUAGGCACCAGGUUUUUACAAGGUAGAAAAAUGUGUGAAAUAAAACAAAAGAAAAAGA